CAGUGUGAUUUCCAUGCAGUGGAUAUAAAUAGAGCUCCGUGUGCGUCCAGACUUCAUCUUCUGAGGAAGUAGUAGCAGUCAUCAUGCCUGAUCCAGUGAAAGCGCCCAAGAAGGGCUCCAAGAAAGCCGUGACCAAGACCGCCGCUAAAGGCGGCAAGAAGAGGAGAAAGAGCAGGAAGGAGAGCUACGCCAUCUACGUGUACAAGGUGCUGAAGCAGGUCCACCCCGACACCGGCAUCUCCUCCAAGGCCAUGAGCAUCAUGAACUCGUUCGUCAGCGACAUCUUCGAGCGCAUCGCCGGCGAGGCCUCCCGUCUGGCCCACUACAACAAGCGCUCCACCAUCACCUCCAGGGAGAUCCAGACCGCCGUCCGCCUGCUGCUGCCCGGGGAGCUGGCUAAGCACGCCGUGUCUGAGGGCACCAAGGCCGUCACCAAGUACACCAGCUCCAAGUAGAGACUCCUCUACCGCCACCACAACAACACAAAGGCUCUUUUAAGAGCCACCCACUGCUACUGGAAGAGCGUUCUUUUCGUUGAGAUUAUCAUACAAGU